AUAGGACUUACUUAUAUUUAUAUGUGUAACAAAAAAGAGUCGAACCACUCUUUAAAUUCCUGAAAAUGAAUUCCAAUAUAAAUUUAGUGAUACUGCACAUUUUUUUUAUUGUGUAUGGAGAAGUUUCGAGUUUCCGAUGUGACAGGCGACCGUAUGGAGCCACGUCGCCGUCGGCGCGCCCAGACGGUAGAUUUAAAUUAAAACUUAUGGGUUUUGAUUAUAGUUACAUACCAGAUCAACUUUAUACAGUCCAAAUCACAGCGACCGAUGGCACAUCACAAUUCACUGGCUUCAUGAUAUCAGCCGAGGGUGAUAUGAAGCCAGAUCCUCGCAAUCCAAGGAGAACAGUAUCCCAGUUCCCUGGACACAUAAGACCUCAAGAUCCAACGACGGCUAGAUUUAGCGACCGAUGUUUGUAUUCUGUAGAGCAAGCUGCUGCUACUUACAAGUCUGCUAUUGAGGUAUAUUGGCAAGCUCCUCCUACUGGCAAUGGUUGCGUCACUCUACGCGCUAUGGUGGCAGAAAACGAAGACUUAUGGUACGAGGAUGGUUCCCCGUUAACAAUGAAGAUAUGCGAGGACUUACGACAACCUGAUGAUGUAUCCCCGCGGUUGAACUACGAGUGCCAGAUUUGUGAUGAAGCUAAGUAUGAGAUAUCAUUCACGGGGAUAUGGUCUAGGAAUACACACCCACAGUCGUACCCAGAAAACGACUGGAUCCCACGUUACAGUGAUAUGGUGGGAGUAUCGCAUAGCGCCGACUACGUUCUAUGGACUCCUGGUACUUUAGUGACAGAAGGACUAAAAGAUUUAGCUGAAUACGCCAACACGAGUAAACUGGAAACUGAAAUUUUGGAAAAGGUUGGUGAUGGAGUGCGUACAUUAAUAAAAGCUAAAGGACACGGCUAUCGAAAAAUGGGCAAUCCAUCACUUGCCAUAUUCCGAACGGAUAAAGUCCAUCAUCUCGUCACCGUAGCCAUUGGUUUGUAUCCUUCACCGGACUGGUUCCUCGGAGUCACCAGAUUCGAGCUGUGCCAAGAAGAUAACACGUGGCUCGCAGAGAGGGAACUCAAUUUGUUUCCUUGGGAUGCUGGUACGGAUAGUGGUGUGUCGUACGAGUCACCGAACAUUGAAACAUUCCCGCAAGGUGCAGUAUCUCGAGUACAAAUGAGUUCAUAUGAUAAAAAUUCGCCAUUUUACGAGAUAGAUAUGAAAGAUUUACAUCCAUUUGGGCGACUUCAUAUAAAAUUAAUGAGAACAUAUCAUAGAGAAUGCAACGAAGCUUCAGAAGGGGAAGAAGAAACUCCCUCUACAGAAGAAAAUCCGAAAGAAGAUCAAAGCGAUACUAGUCCGGUUGAGCCAGAAGAACCUUCCAGGUAUCAAAAUCCAGAACUACCUACCGGCGACGGCGGCGAAAGUCCAUUAGACGCUGAUCCGGAGUCAUCGGAGAAAUGCCCCAUGUCCCAGUGGCAGGAAUGGAGUCCAUGCGAAGGUACUUGUGAUGGAGGGAAACUCUUAGGAUAUAAAUGGAGAGAACGCUAUCAUCUAGUAGAUGGAGUGGCCGUCGAGAAAUAUGAUCCUAGUAACUGGCGUUCGGCGAAAAAAGAAGUAUCCAAAUACUGUAAAGCUCUGUAUGAUGAUUUUGAGAGAACCGAAUGUGAGGAGAGCUGUACAGAUGAUAGUGAUACAAUAGAAAACACCAAUGACAUUACAGCUAGACGUCGGGUAAUGACACAAAUAAUUCCGGGUACUUCAUGGAGAUCAAAAAAGAGAGAUAGCCCUUUAACAAAAUAUUAAUAUUAUCGAAAUACUACAUAUUUUUUAAUUUUAUACCUUGUAU